UCUAUGAACACUCCUCCAGCUUUGAACACACGCAGUAGGGUGAGUAGAAAACCUUGUAAAUUUUUCGAAUUUCGUAAACGUGAUCGGAAAUCGGUGUUAAAUAACAUCAGUGAAAUGGAACAGGAAAAUAGCCAAAAUUCCACUCACUCCGUCUUUAGUGAUCAUUCUCAGGCAUAUGCUAAAGAGCAUGUAUAUGAGGAUAUGAGUGACUUACAAACCCCAAGUGACGAAGGGAUAGGUACCCAACAGUACUCUCGCCCCUUUGAACCAGAACUUUUUAAAGAUACUACCAAUGAACAAGUAUUUGCAAUUUUUCAAAAAACUUGGGACUGGAAUGAAAAAAUUGAUACCGAAGUGAAAAAGAAUUUUGAGAAUCAAAAAGAUAAAAUUCAAAAUGCCACAAAGGUAGCAUGCGAGGCAAAGGGAAUUGGAAUUUAUGUCAACUCUAAGCUUGCUGAUCUCGCGACGCAAGCUCAUAACAAACUAAAAGAAGCAGGAACCUGGGUUGAUGAGUUGAAAGAGAAAUUAAAAUCUACUCGCGUUGCUCUGAUCGAAACAAAUAAUGCCACAAAAGGGAACACUUUGGACUUGCAACGAAUUUCUGAAACAAUUGACAAAAUUUGUCAAGAAACUAAAAAGCGUGACGAAGGUUGUGCUCAAAUUGUCGAAGAGAUUAAUAACAUCAAAGAAAAAAUCCAAUAUACUCCCUCGGCAGGUGGCUCAAAAGUUAAAUCUCUCGCGAUUGAUGCAGGAUCUAUAAAAAGUGCAGGUAUUACUUUCACAGACGACCAACUGCAUUUUCCGCACGAAUUCUUAGAAGAAUUUGAUGCGUAUUUUUCGGAAACAAAUGUAGCUAUAAAACAUAAGAUUCUGGCAUUUAAAGGGGUGAUUGCUACAAAAACUCGUAAAUCAUUCCUUGAGACGGUACGAAACGUACGAAAUUACCGCGAAUUGAAAAGUAAAUUUCUGGACUUUUACUGGGAUCGCAGAGCUCAAAAUGAAGCAAUGAAAGCUUGCAGAUAUGAGUUCAACUCUGCGGAAGACCUCAAAGAUAUGGCGAAUAAAAUGGCCAGAUGGGCUAAAUCACUUCGAAAUCAUUGCCAUAGAAGCGAGGAUGAAAUUAUAGACAUCCUGAUAGGGAAAGCUCCAGAAAAUUACCAGACUAGACUAAUGCAAGAAGGACAGUCUAUGGACGAUUUUCUUGAAAAAUUGUCCAAUUUGGCUAGAAUUCAAUACGAUCCUGAAAAUGAAGUACCCGUUAGGUUCCAACGAAAUUAUAGACGUAAAUUUGAUGACCCUCCCGUACCCGCGCCUGUAAAUAAUACGCGAUACACGAAUAAGGGCACACCAUCAAAUGAGCAACUACUGGCGAUUUAUAAUCUUAUCUCGCAGAAGGGGAUUCCAAAAAAUUUUAAUGAAAACUUCACCAACAAUCGCCAGCCUGCUCAAAAUGAAAAACCAUUUACGUUUUCACCUCCAACUUCGUCGAAUCUGCCUGCAACGACUUAUCCUCCGAAGGAUAAGCCAGAACAGAAAACGAUACUUCAAAACCCCAAUCAAGUAAAAAACCCAAAUACGAUUACGUCAAAUUCAACACCCAAGCCAUUCGGUAUUGAUAAAAAUGGCAAUUUGACAAUUAACAGAUUUAGACCAAAAACUCAAUCCAACGCACCUGCGGCUGCCGUACAAGCAGUAGAAUUUGAUCAAGACCUAGAUGAAUACGUUGUAGACCAACCACCCCUAGAAGAUUUAAAUGAUCAGGUGGCGACAUGCAACAUGUUGAACACAAUCUUCGCAGAUGCGCCGGAAGAGUUAGAUUUGCAAACGAUUACUGCUGCCUUGCAAUUAAUGACAACCUCUCCCUCCGACGAUGAUGAAAGCUCUGCUUUGGGAAACGAAAGCCACUAGGUAGCCGAGGGGCAACUCCUAGUGCCUUCAUAGCCCCCUCAGAUUCAAUUUUGGAAAAAUAUAUUUGGGUUGGUGAUGGGUUGAGCCAUUACAUAGCGCGUGGCGAAGUAACGUUAUCAAAUCAUUUACCUGACUAUUUACGCGACCAAUUAGCCCUCGAAGAAUUACAUCGUAGGUUGAGGAGAGCUAAUUUCCCUGAAAAAUCACACUUUGUAGUCUCUGCAGGUCAGUUAGAAUUCAAUUUUUCGCGCAAACCAUAUCACAUCAUUGAAAAACAGCUACACAACAUAACCGACUUAUUACUCGACAACGGUGCACAGAGCAUAAUCCUAUUAUUCCCUCUGGCAAAACCACGCACACCAGAUGAAUUUGAUAUAAAAUUGUCUCGUUAUGUCGACUUUAAGAACAUAUAUGUACGUGUAGCUAACAAUCCUAAGAUAAAAUUCUUACGUAUGCCAGCUAUGAGCUUUUUGGAAACAGAAACUAUUCAUAGUCAGGGUAAACAAUACACCAGACCCAGAGUUGGUGCACGCAAAGAAUUAUUGCCAAUGGAACAAAAAUUCCACUAUGUCUCUGCAAUAAAACGAUAUUUCCCUUCAAUCACGGAAUACCGUGAUGUCCGCAAUUUGCUCAUCUCAGAGAUAGCACGAAUCGAAUCAUUUAAAGAAAGAAUGGCGACACUUCCCACUCAAGCAGAAGUAGAAUACCUGGGAAGUGACACCAAUGAAAACACAACAGAAGCUCCAAUUUAUCAAAUUUUAACGCUCAAAAACUCAGAUUUAGGCAAUAGACUCAAACCAGAAAGAAAAAUUAAGAACGCGAUUCGCAAUCUCUAUAACGACCCUGCAAUUCUAUCAGAUUCACCAACAGCUAUGAGUUUGGGUGAAAUAUUAGUCGCAAAAAUCAAUGAACAACGAUUCCAUAAAAUGAUAAAUAAAAAGAAAAAACAAAAUAUCGAGUUCAUUGAUGCGAUAGACAACACUCCUCUCAAGAAUGAGAAGCCUGACCCAGUAACCUCUUCACAACUUGUGACGCAGAAAACUAAUGACCCUGCGUGUGUCAUACCAGUCACAAUCGGUGCCAGAAAGGUUGCGUUACAACUCGAUACAGGGGCACUUCCUAAUGUGCUCUCUCGUUUAAUGGUCAAAACAUUCCUUGAAGAGGCUCCGAAUUGGGUGAAAUUCAUAAAACUCAAAAAACAAGUCCAACUUAGAUUGGCCAAUAAUACGCUAAUUCCAUCUGCGACGCAUAUCAUUGAACUUCAAAUGAUACUUGGAAAUGAAAUGAUAAAAGUGCCAUUUUACAUCAUUGAUGCACCAGGUCAGACAUUCAUUUUGGGCAGAAUCUCUAUGGAUUACUUAAAAAUGAAGUUAAAUGUACCCGAACGACUCGUAAAAUGUAGACCAGAAUUUUGUGAAAAAUUCACAAUACCAUUCAUGCACACUGAUGAAUUUCAAAGUGCAUUGACGGUAUUCUCGUUGGUUACUAAUGAACAAGAACAUGAAACAUUUUCCGAAGAUAUGUCUGACACUCAUCAUACUAUCAUUGAACAAGAAAUCUUUGAAGAGCGUAGAUUGGCUCAACGUACUUUUAAAGAGAAUUUACGAGCUGAUCUAAAUAUGGCUCUUGAGAAUGGAUCAAUUACAUUUCAACAAGCGAUCCGAGGGUUUGAUAGACUACAACAUUUUGCCGAUAUUUUUGACCUCAACCCUGGUAAAUACACCGGAGAGCAGGUUAAAUUCACGUUUCAAGAAGGAAACACACACCUGCAACCAUGGAGAGGAGAAAAAUUCCGACCUAGUAAAAAAUUAUUGCCGGCUUUACGCAAAGCAAUAACGAAAAUGCUCGCUCUCGGUAUCAUCAAAUAUUCACACUCAUGCUACAUUAACACCUUAGCACCUGUAGUUAAGAAAAAUGGAGAUAUUCGUUUAUGUCUCGAUGCUGACGAACUCAAUAAAUUCCUAAUCAAUGUCUUAACUGAGCCAAAUACAAUCGCAAGCAUGCUCUAUGACAAUGCUGGCGAUAAGUUCUUUUGCACCCUCGACUUCACCGAGGGCUUUUGGCAACUCGAACUUGAUUUGGAAUCACGUAAAUUUACUGCUUUUCAAGUUGAAGGGCAAGUGUACGAAUUCACCAGGCUACCAUAUGGCCUGAAGAUCUCAUCAGGUGAGUUCGUACACAUGAUUAACCAAGUCAUUGAAAAUGAGGAUGGAAUUACAAAAUACGUCGACGACAUAAAAAUAUCAGGAACAACUUUUGAGGAAACUAUCAAAAGACUUGAAAAAGUCUUUCACCUCAUAAGAGAGCACGGUCUGAAGCUAAAUCCAACAAAAACUCAAUUUUUCAAAAAUUGCGCUGAUCAUCUUGGUUUCGUAAUUUCAGAUAAAGGAAUUGGAAAACAAAGUGAAAAAAUUAGAAAACUAGAGGAAUUUGAAAAGAAACACACUAAACGAGGAAAAUUCUCUCUAUCCAAAAAGAACGACAUUUUGGCUUUAGUUGGCAAUACCGGCCUCUACAGGGAUUUUAUUCCUGAAUAUUCCCAAAUUGUAAACCCUAUUUACCAUCUUACGAAAGGUGAUGUACCUGUCGAAUGGACAGAAAAACAACAAAAAGCCUUUGAGACCUUGAAAGCUGAAUUCAAGAAGGACUUCAAACUACAACAAGCUCCAAAGGAAGGUGAUCUGUUCUUAGACACCCAACUCUCUGAUGACUCGAUGAACGGAGUACUAUUUUAUAUGGUCGAGAAUGACAAACGAAUCAUCAUGUUCAUCUCGAUAGCAUUUAAAGAGCACCAGAAAAAACUUCACCUUAUUUGACCGAGAAAUUAUGUGUUUGGUAAAAUGUGUUCAAAAAUUACAAAUGUGGCUACAUGGUCGACGAGUCCAUGUCAGAUCUAACCUUUUACCAAUAAUCAACCGAUUUCGAGAAAUUGCUCAAACCCACCAAAAGGCGGCUCACUGGGUAACCGUUCUAAAUUGUUACGAUAUUAUUUAUGAUAUGAAUUUUUCGAACAAGGCCCUUUAUAAAAUAAAGGCACCUGAAUUAGAAGUUCACAAUGUUGAAAUUCUGGAUGACUCAGAUCCAACAGAGCUGGAACCAUUUGAACCUCAAACUGAGCUAUCGGAACCUCACUCACAAGAAUUUGAGACAGGAAUUGCACCCCUGGAAGUCAAAUUUCUUGCCGAAAACAUUCCUGAACUUCAUAAACGUCUCAGAAACAUCUCAUCAUAUCAGCAGACAGACACGACGUGUAAGAAACUUAUUGAAAUUCUUGAGGAAAGUACCCCCCAGCGUAAUAAAAAGAGCAAGAGGUCGUCCACGUAAGAAUAGGGCAAUUGAAUCUUCGUCUCAAGAGACUAUUUCGACAAUCGAUGAUAGCCAAGACAGUCAGGAUAGCCAAGAUUCUGACGAUGAAAUAUUUUUGGAUGCUCCUAUGACACUCCAAAGAUUACCCGAUAAUGACCUCUCCAAUGCGCAAAACCCAUUGGACACCCCACCUGACUCUGUACUUCCAGAAUCGCAACCUAGCGAAACUUCAAACGUUCCUAGGGCAGGGGCAAGUGCUCAAAGGCCUACCUCAUUACCAACUAGGACACGAUCUGAACGAGUUCUCGCUAGAUUACGGACGAAACCAGCAACACACUGGAAAAAACAGCUCGAGACUAAAUUCCUAAAUUACGUAUCUGAUAGCGAUCAAGAGCCUAUCGCUCGUUUUUAUGAGAUGGUUCCUGAUGAAAAAUCAGACGAUGAAGGAAACCAACUAUGGAACACCUAAUGCUUUGCAAAAAAUUCACCACUUUUAUCGUUGUGAACUGAAAGAUGUACAAAAAUUCCCUUUCCAUAUGUCCUGUUACAUCCUUUGACCGCAACAAUCACCACGUAUUACAACGGAGAAGUGUACAAAAAACCCAAAAUCAUAUGUCCUGUUACACUUUGCAGUCACCAUAAAAAUUCAAAAGAUAAAAAAUAAUCUCACCAAUAGCUAAUUAUCGCAAUUAAAAAUUCGCGAAAUCACAAGAUCUAGGUCUUGUUACAUUUCUUAGUCACCCAUAUAUUUUUUUUUGUUUGUUUUAAUCACAACACACACCCAACAAGCAAAGCAUUAAGAACAAGUCGGUGUAAAUAUUUUUUUUUCCUUUUGAGUCUUAUAACCCCUUCUACUAUCCUAUUAUGGCACGUAUACUUUUACAGAUAGAAAAUUACAAUCUAAAAUUGCUUGGAAGUACACCAAAAAACACCUUAUCAUAUGUCCUCGUGCAUUUCCAAGUGAAAACAUUUUCUUUUCCUCUAAAUUCAAAAUUAUAUUCGAUCAUUAAUUCAUUUUCGUCCUCAGUACUUUGUCUAUAAGUAAGUAUUCUAAGACACUUACCAAGAACGAUGUUUUUAACUCGUAAUUCCGACCCUAAGUAAAAUACAAUCUUACAUCGCUUGGAGAUAUGCUAAAUACUCUACCCUAUAUCCUUGCAUACUUCCAAGUAAUAAUGCUCCUUUAACGUAAAUGUAAAAAUCACUCGAUUUCAUUAUCACAAAUACACACAAUAACCGAUUCCUUUUUAUGUUAAUCGUAGUUCUAGCCCUUGGUAAAAUACACCACGGAUACAUAGCAGGUAGACGAACCUGGAACCCAACUGUGUCAUUUACGUACACAAACAUCAACAACGCAUCUUCACACCCCGAAUUCGUUACUCCAAAACAGUAAGCGAGUGUGACAUUGACCCUACUACAUCUCGUCAACACAGAGCGCAUACACCCGCAUAUGACAGCUGGAGAAGAAUACGCAAACGAACCCAAAUAAACAUGUACACAGAUUGGUCUGAGAUUUGCUACCCGAUGACUUGGGAAAAGAAUACGCUUAUCAAGUAAAUUAAAUACGAUUCACGAGUAUUCCAUGAAAUAAUUAUCUUCUCAAUAGCCCAUAUACCUAUCUUCUUUUCAUAAAAUACGAAUUCAAAUACACGCAAACAUACCUAGAUCUAGGUCCUGGUAUGUUAUAGAAUACUAUUCGUUCUCCUAAACUUAUCCAUAUAGCACACCCUUGUUCAAACACACCUUACAAUAUACCUACUUCCACUCAACCCAGAAAUCAUUUUUUUUUCUUUUCCUAUUAAAAUCUUCGACUCGUAAUCGUAGGUAUAAUAUAAGCUGUACAUAUAUGUAACCUUAAUUAAAAAUCUCUCGAACACAGCAUUUACUGCCCAACAACAGUAAAAUGCCCUUACGUAAUAUUCUACACAGUGUGUUUAUUGUUUCAGUAUACGCCACGAUAUGUAAAUAUUAUGCCACUAUAGGAUAUUGUACCAUGUCCCCUAAUAAAAUCAAAACGAUCUUCUCUAAAAAUUGAUAACCGCAUGGUUCCCAGCGCAGCACAGAAGACAAUUUUGGUCAACGGCGCGAGUAAAUAGGAUUGCUAGCUGCUCAUAAAAACGUCAAAUAAGUUAGUACCUCGUUAAGAUAUCAAGUAAGGUACAAAAUUCGAACAACACCGGCAGCAUUACAGAUGAAUUAAUCGUCUACAGUGCAAGCGAUAAGCCUGCAUUACUUCGACGAUUCAUAGCGAUCUCUACGAAUUCGCUACUUUGAAAAAUUGAACUAUGUGCAAAAUUCCAUGCAUUUUAUUCGUCUGGCGAUCUUGAUUUUUUUUGUAUAGUCAGCUUUUUUCGGAAAAUUCAGUUCAUAGAAACUUAGAAUGAAGUCCAGACGAAGUGCUACCACAUCCAGAGAGACCAUUCGAUAAAAUAGUCAAAAGCCAUAAAAACUUCAACAGACGGCGAUACUUGUCACUCAUAUUUUUCUCUCUUAUAUUCGAUUAUUUUAUUUUUCGAUAAUUACCUCGCCUUCUUAUCUAUUUCUCACGCACAAGUGUUCUUACGAUCAUAUACGCACCAAAAUUUUAUGGAUUUGGAGGUGGGGACGAUUUUUUCACCUAUCUGUAUCAUCCAAAAAGAUAGAAAACUGAAAUAAAGGUGCUACCUUUUCUCGAAUCUCACCUCAUUAUAUGUAGUGCUGGGAUCCAUACGACACCUCUCGACUUAGCUGUGGUAAGUUUUGACUCUACUUUACCUAUUCGAUCCGAGUUUGCUUUAUAUUUCAACUUGAUCUAGCUGGCUUAUAUUUAAGUAAGUUAGUUGGAUCUUUUGCAUCGAAUUCGCGAGUGAUUAUUUGUACCUUUGCACCAAAAUAUUCAGUCUUAUUAUUUUUUCCAAUUUUUUCCUCAAAAAUCCAGAUUUUGAACACAAUUUCACCUGAUCAACUAUUCGAUCAAUAUUGUCAACUCCUUGUUGACAAUCUCCCGUUUCAAUCGAAUCAUUCAGCUUGAUUAUAAUUUUGCAUCGAACCACUCCAACUAAUUUUUGAAUUUUUCGACCAAUUUUGAUCAGAUUUUUUUCGACCAUUUUUCCAAAAAAUUUAUUCGAUUAUUCGAAUAUUUUCCCGAACAACUUUCAAAUCUUUAAUCGUCGCAGUUUGAUUUCCUAGAAAUCAUGUCGUAUUGCGAGAUUAUUUGCGACCAGUGCAAGCUAUCUUUAGCACUGCCCGGACCAUUUGCAAGGGCAAUUCAUGAUGAUAUUUACAUAACAGCAUGUAGGCACCUUUUCCAUUUUGGAUGCCUAUAUCGCUUGUAUAUAAAUUCCACUACUAGAACAGAACAAGGUGCACAAUGUGUCCCCUGUCCUCAUCCGUCAUGUAAGCAAAUGAUCUUAGGAUCUGAUUCUUUCUUUGUGGAUCAAUCCUUACGAAUAUUCCAAGUACUCAACACUGACUCUAGAGUCCAGUCUCUCGUAAAUCAACUCGCAUUACAACGAGAUUACAUCACACGUAUCGAGAUGGUGAUGAUUAACGAGAAUAUUGAACUAAAAAAUCAGCUGGAGGAGUAUCGACGAGAACACUUCAAUUUAAUGACUCGAUACAACUUGCUCCUAGAUCAUCAGAUAGGCAAUCUAUUUUCGAAUAUACGUCCGAGAAUAAAUUCCUCAAACAAUCCUCAACCUUCUUCUUCUCAAACUGCAUCCGUCAUGCCACAAUCUUCGACUUCAAAUUCCGAUGUACCGCAGUUUACAUCCCCCCCACCACUGUGGCGACAAUUUCAAAACUCAGCACAACCUCUCUUCGCAAAACCACAAACUUCUUGUGAUUCUGCACUGAUUCAAAGACCAGAGCCUGUAGAGACCCCAAUUCCAACGAUUGUCACCCCUCGACAACAAACUGUCCAAGCUGGUUCAUUAACCCAGCCCAUAAUCUCGCAGCUCAAAUAUGUAGACGUAGUUGGAACACCCUCCACUUCGUCAGACAGCUCUAGAGCCUCAGGUUCCGGCAUUAGUACGACUUCGGAUCGUGUAGCUCCUACGACACUACGAUCCAAAAUUUUCCCCCCAAAGCCAAAAAAGGGCACUUCUGCUGACAAGCGCCUUUUUCAUAAAAAUUAUAGAGCCCGGUUCGGCUCCGAUUCAGCUGAAAUAGAACCUUUCUAUCCCAUUAAUUCGUACCCGCAUGGCUUUACGGCAGCAGGAUACGAAAUUUUGGACGAUGCUUAUAUCAUCGUAUUUUUGGCCUAUAAUAUCCUAAUUAUGGGGGAUGGACACGCUGAUGGUAUCGCAAGAUACUUAAGUGUAUCUAAACCCUAUGAAAACCUGAUUGACAUAGAAAUGUACCGUAGAGACCUUCUAGCUUCUGAAUUACUCUUAUAUCUCGAAACGUUCUUAAAACUCCCAAAACGAAUUAUGAUGUCAAUUGGGAAUUUUGACGUACAAAGAGGUACGUCAUAUGGACAAUUCUUCAAUAUAUUCCAAGCUAUUAUUCUAUUAUUCAAAAAACUAAAAGUGCAAGAACUCAUAAUCCUUCCACUUAUCCCUCACAAGAAAGUCAAUCAGGAACAAUUUUCAGAAAUUAACAGAGCUUUAAAUUACGAUUGGGAAAGAACUCUUGGAGCUAGAAUAACUAGAAUUCCACAUAUUUUCGAAGAAUUCCAUACAGAUAGGGCAGGAAUCGACCAAUAUGGCCCAUUCUACCCAUCCAACCAAUAUGCCAACGUGCUUCUAGCCCUCAGAAAUGAGCUUAUCCCAGACGUACUUCCCAGACACCCUACAAGCCAAUCUCCCAGACCCCCUACACCUGAUGUUGAAAUUCCUCCAAAUAAUAUUCUUCCUUUACUACCACUGGAUCUUCGAAUUCCCAGAAUUUGCUUGACCCCUGUUAAAAUAGAUCCUCCUCCUACCACGACUUCAUCUACUAAAUUAUCCCAAACUACAACCCUUUCCACCCCCUCUACCUCUUCUUGUUCAAGCAGAACAGAUCUAGCGGUGCAAAGUGUACAAAUUUCCACUGAAAAGAAUGCAAACAAUCUCGGAAAGAAAGGUAAACCACGCCGUGUAGAACGUCGUAAACGCGAUGAGGAGGAAAGCUUAGUUCGAAAUGUACGACGACGCACCGAUCCCAUCGUGCGUAUGGUAGAAGAAGCUAUAGAGCAGGUGGAAAAAACCAGCAUGCCACCAGUUAAUGUGCCACGCGACCGCGCGGCUCGUAUGUUUGCUUCUGAUUCCAGGUCAUCUUUAAAUGAUCAACGAACGCCAUCACGAGAUGAUGAGACAGAGAAAAAGGAGGCUGAGAAAGACAUCAAUUCAUCAGGCCAAAACCAGUAGAGCUCUGGAUCACUGGGAUUGGAUCGCAGUUGUAAAAAUUGAAUUUUCCAUAUACUUAUUAACCAAUUAUAUUUAACCCUAGAUUUAAAUAUAAAAGUAGAACAUUACUAACGUUUCAGACGCUCAUCUAUAAACAAGCAACACAAGUGAGUAUUUUUCGAAAAACAUACUAAUAGUUUGCUUCCCCACAGAAUUAUUAUGACUCGAAAACAACACAGUCCAGAGUAAUGAUCCCAUGCUAAUUGACGACUUUGAGAGAUGUUUAACUCGAAAAAAGCUGAGAUUCCUUGAUAAUGAUACUGUUGGUGACCAAACAACUACAACUUCUCAUCACACAAUACCACUACUUCUUCAACAAAUAAUUUUCACAAAUCAACAUUAUUCAAUAGUUCAUAUUUUUGCAUUCUUUACAAUAUUUGUCUUUUAUAUGCAUUCAUAUUCAAAUUCUGUAUCACGUGUCUACUUUUAUACAUUUAGUUUUAUGCCAUGCACAUAUAUUAUCCCUUUAGAAUUAGACGAAUAUCUUAGAAUUACGCAAAACAAUAGAAUUAAGCAAAAUCCUAGGAUUAAGCAAAAUUUUUCUUUUCUCCCUGAAACUUUUCGCAAUUUUUUCAUACAACUUUUUACAUUUAUUCUCUGUUCUCUACAAUGUUAGAUUCAUGUUUUUACACAUCUAUUCUCAUGCCAUGUACAUAUAGUAUGCCUUUAAAAUUAAUCUUAGAAUUACACAAAACGGUAGAAUUAAGCAAAAUUUUUGAAACUACAUGCACUUUCGGAAAGAUAGGGCCGCAUAAUGUACAAAUUAGAACACACAGUGACGUUAAUCAACUUUUCUUAGCUUUCGAACUUUUUUCAACUUUAUACUUUUGGUCGUCACAUCUGAACAAAAAUUAGGGAACAAAAAUUUAAAAUCUGCAAUAUGACAAUUGUAAAACUUUCUAUAAAAGAAGCUAGCUUUUCGUCUCCGUCAUAUUUGCAAGAAAUAGGAAAUCUUCAGAAAUUUAUAGGUCAAAUUACCAUAAUGACACUUAAUGACCAAGAACCACUCACAUUAGCAGAGCACAUACUUCGCGUAUUUAUUCUAUCCAGUUAUAAGGAAAACCUUCAGUUCAUACCCAUUAAGACAUUUAGGAUACAUUUGGCUACAUAACAAAAAAGAGAAGGGCCAUUUCGGAACUCAAAAAUUUUAGAAUUUUCUGUAAAACACAUUACCAUUUUUCGAUCCUGUUGAUUGGUUAUAAAUUUGAGUAAACGAUCCCUCAUUAUUGACUUCAAAAAUUAUAGACACCUUUAGUAGUCAGAAGCAUAUUAACGACUUUUCCACUUGAAAAAUCCCACCCUCCGACCCAUCUCUUGAAAACCUGUCACCUCAAAAUAGUCUGCAGAUCAACGCAGCAAAGUACGGAGGGGCAGGGUGGUGGAGCCUCCCUUGUCUUGGAAGGGAGGGGAAAGCGGGGUUACGGCAUAUUUUUCCUCUUAUUUUUCGUGAUCCGUGCUUCCCCCCGUGACCUGCUGUAGGGGUCAACCCCCGGAAGGGCAUAUGAUAUGAGGAAAUAUGCCUUCAUCGACUAAGCGAUGAUUAAAUUAAUCAUCACCAUAGAGAUGAUGAAUAAAAUAACUCCCUUAAACUGCAAGUUCGGUAAUGUGUUAACUCCUACUACUGUGCUACUCCUACUAUGUAGCUAUAACGUAAUCGCGCGCAGCAAACGCAUAGAACGCAUCCGAUGCACCCAAAAAUAGUAUAAAUAGAGCAACACGGACGCGAGCCAAACUAGUUGUAUUUAAAAUGGGCUGAACUUCCAAAUAAGUUGAGCUUCCAUACGAUCUUGGACUCGGCGAUCCGGAUAGCUGGUUCUUGGUCAAAAGUGUACUUAUGUAGAUACGAGUAGAUGAAGUCCUCUAUAGGGGGUUCAUCCCUUUUAUUCAGUCUUCGCCCACUUUUAGUGGUUAAUAUGUUUCUCGUUUUCGUGAUUUAAAUUAUCGUAUACGUAAUUAAUCGCGUCCACACCGGAUAUCAUCUGAUUAUGCUGGCCAUCGGAGAUAGUCCUAGAAGAAUAGGUACCUCGUGUAUUACAUUGCUGUCGACCGGCCUAGUAUUAGUGAGCCACCCUGAAAGAGACAGUAGAAGCGGACAUUAUGUGAGCCUUGGUAGAGAUCAAGAGACCAUGUCAGCUGAAAAGUUAAUUUUUGUUCAAUAAAUUCUGAACAUUAUCUAUCAAGUAAUGGAAUUAUUACGCAUUCCUCAAGAAUUGCAAGAAGUUUAAUGUGAUCCCUAAAUUCAUCAUGAAUGGGUAUUCCAGUGUAUGUAAAAUUCUGCAGCCUGGGCUAUCUAAAACACACGAUGUAAUGAGUUCAAUCAGCAGACUAUUAAAUACUGCACUAAAUAUGUUGAUGAUAGUUUUAUGAUUAUUAAUGAAAAUGAAAUCAACUCUGUCUCAGAUUUCUUAAAUUCUAUACAUACUCGUGUUAAAUUUACUUUAGAAACUGAGCAAAACAAUUGUAUCAAUUUUUUGGAUUUCACUGUCCAAAAAAACAUGGAAGACAAUAAAUUUUCAACCAAGUAUUACAGAAAACCCACCAAAUCACAUCGUAUGAUUAAUUAUCUGUCAUUUCAGCCUAAACACUACAAGCUUAAUACUGCUAAAAAUCUCCUCAGUCGGAUGUUGAGACUCACAUCUUCUAAAUUUCAUACUGAUAUUAAGGCUCAGUUUCUGAAUAUUCUUAAGGAUAACAAUUUCCCUAAAGAUAUAGCUAAACAGAUCUUCGAAUAUGUGUACCAUACCAUAAUUUUAAUCAAAAUACUCAGUAUGUAGAAAAUAUCAGUGAUAAACCUAUUGUUAAAUAUUUCUCCAUACCAUAUAUAGGUAGGUAUUUUAAUAGAAUUAAACACAUCGUGAAUACUGAUACCACCAAAAUUGCGGCCAAAAAUUGCAAUAGUAAUAAAUUUAAAUUCUAUUCUAGACUAAAAGAUAGUAACGAUAAACUCAAAUGUAGUAAUGUAGUUUACUCUAUAAAAUGUACUCAAUGUGAAAGUGUUUACAUUGGUGAGACAGGGACCUACCUAUCUAAUCGUCUGUAUAGGCACAAAUACGAUGUACGUAAUUCAAAAACGUCUACUGCUCUUUGCGAACAUUCGAAAAUGACAGGGCAUAAUUUUGACUUCGAUAAUACUAAAAUCCUAGCGUUCGAAAAAAACACUCUCAAAAGACGCAUUCUCGAAUGUAUUUUCAUCAAUCAGACAAAUAAUGCGAUUAAUUUUAGGACGGAUUUGGCGAAUUUUAACGAAAUUUAUCGUCUUGUUAUAGGUUAAGUUGUUUUGGUGGUUUCCUGUCUAUUCUAGUCUCAUUCAUCUAUUUUAUCUUGUACUACGUUUCAUCUCUGUUCUGUACCUGCAUAAUUGUGUAAUACUUUCAGUCUAGUUACUGCCGCUGAAGAAGGCAACGAGUUUGCCGAAACGUACGGUUAUUGAUAAUAUUUUAAAUAUAUAGCGUGAAAAAUCGAAA